GAGGGCGGGAUCUGUCCCGCGCGGCCCCUCAGGGCGGAGGCUCCGGAACCGGCUCGGGAGCGGCUCCGUGUGGGGACCGGGGCGAAGCAGCAGGGCCGCGUCUCGCUGAGGGACAAGAGCAGUGAACAGAUCUUUAGAGGAUGCUAGAUGUGUGCACUGAUGGAAAGAACAUUUUGCCUCUGCUGGAGGCCCCCUUGUCAACAUAGCUAUAAGGAGGGUUUGUGGAGAAAUGCAAGUGCAGUGCCCCUGCUAUGCUGGCUGAGGGUGAAGGCAUGGCUAGCCCCUCGCUGUGUGCUGCCACCACGGCGGCCUCUCCGGAUCUGCACAAGGUGCCCGGCUUUGGAGAGAGUAAAACCGCACAGUGCUCCUUUUCAAUUGAGAGUAUAUUGGGACUGGAGCAGAAAAAAGAUGGCAUUCCAGCUGGGAAACCUCACAGACCCUGGAUGGAUGCAUGCACCAGCUUGGUUUUAGGUGAUGACAGUAAUCCCCAUCUGCAAAUCCCUGUUGUUUGCUAUGAAAAUCCAUUAUUUCAUGGUAGAAGUGAUCCAGUCCAAGAGGAAAAAGUUUUGAAAUGUGAAAAAUAUUUUUCAGUCACUGAAAGGCUGUCUUUCAAACGAGAAUUGAGCUGGUACCGGGGUAGAAGACCAAGAACUGCAUUCACUAGAAACCAGAUUGAAGUCUUGGAGAGUGUUUUUAAGAUGAACUCCUACCCUGGCAUUGAUAUUAGAGAAGAGUUAGCUCGCAAAUUAGAUUUAGAUGAAGACAGGAUCCAGAUCUGGUUCCAGAACCGUCGUGCAAAGCUGAAAAGAUCACACAGAGAAUCUCAGUUUCUAAUGGUGAAAAAUACUUUCACCUCCAGCCUGCUAGAGUAGAAGGAAGGAUGGCUUGCUGUUAAAGUACUAGUACAGAAAAUGAAGAAUUAUUCAUAACCUGUGUUAAGUAAUGAUAUAGUAAUUAUGAUUUUUUGCCCAGAUUUGAAAAUUUAUUAUAAUUUUCAUUCAAAUAAACUGUAAAUACUUGAAGUAUUAUAAUAAUCGACUUUUUGUGGAAAAAGUGAACUUUUCCUAUAUAUUUGAGUAAGUAUUUUCAGAGAUUUUGAGAUAUUUUUGAAGUUUAAAACAAAGCAAACCCUAAGUUGCACAAGAAUUUCAUCUACUAUGAAUUACUGCAGAUGACUUAGCAAAGCUUUAUGGUUUUAGAAGAAUGCUGUUUCAAGUCGGAA